GGAUCGCUAUGGCAGCGGCGUGGGCCCCGCGGUUGGGCGCCCCCCGGGAAUGAACGGGGUCCGUCGCCCGCCGCUCCCGGCCAGGCCUGAGGCUGGGGCCCGGGACUAGGCCGAGAGACCAUGCCCCUGGCCUCCUACUGCUUCCUGCGGGCCGUGGGCAAGGGCAGCUACGGAGAGGUGACGCUGGUGAGGCACCGGCAGGAAAACAAGCAGUUUGUCAUUAAAAAGCUAAGCCUCUGCAGUACCUCCAGCCGAGAACGGAAGGCAGCUGAACAAGAAGCUCAGCUUUUGUCUCGGCUAAAACAUCCCAACAUCGUGACCUACAGGGAAUCCUGGGAGGGAGAGGAUGGCCUCCUGUACAUUGUUAUGGGCUUUUGUGAAGGAGGGGACCUCUAUCACAAACUGAAAAAACAAAAGGGCAAACUUUUGCCAGAGAAUCAGGUCGUGGAAUGGUUCGUCCAGAUUGCCAUGGCACUGCAGUAUUUACAUGAAAAUCACAUCCUACACCGAGAUCUGAAAACUCAAAAUGUCUUCCUAACAAGAACAAAUAUAAUCAAAGUGGGAGAUCUGGGGAUUGCAAGAGUGUUGGAAAAUCAGUAUGAUAUGGCCAGCACCCUCAUUGGUACCCCUUACUACAUGAGUCCUGAAUUGUUUUCAAACAAACCUUACAGCUAUAAGUCUGACGUGUGGGCUUUGGGAUGCUGUGUUUAUGAAAUGACCACGCUGAAACACGCAUUCAACGCGAAAGACAUGAACUCUUUGGUUUAUCGAAUUAUUGAAGGAAAGUUGCCGCCAAUUCCAAAAGAUUACAGUCCCCAACUGGCAGAAUUAAUACGAACGAUGCUGAACAAAAAGCCUGAGGAAAGACCCUCGGUGAGAAGCAUCCUAAGACAACCCUACAUAAAGAGCCAAAUCUCUUUAUUUUUGGAGGCCACAAAGGCAAAAACUUCCAAAAAUUAUGCCAAAAAUUGUGAGAUAAAUCCUAGAUCUUCCGCUUCGGUAAAGGCUGACCGGAACAAGGCAAAGGACACUGCUCCGAAACAUUCCUCAGGGGAUUCCAGAACCCAUGAAGAGGUGGAAGAACAUUUACUUCAGAAGAAACCAGGGGAUGGUCACCCUUCAGAAAAACCUCUUGAUCCUAAAAAUAACACCAACAGUAACAUGAACUGCCGUGGAGCUUCCUUAGCGACAAUUAGCAAGGUGAAUGUUGAUAUCCUACCAAGUGAAGGAAGGAGCUCAGAGAGUGAUCAUUUACUUCAGGAUCACAAUCCAAGACAUUUGAGUAUGUCUACUGAAGUGGAAGACGAACCCGAUGGCUCGCGGGUGGAGGAAGGGAGUCUCCAAGAGAAUUCGAAUCCCAGCUCCGAGACUGAGAAUAUUGCCCCGGUGCAGAUUUCUGUGCAUACCCUUGAUGAAGAAAGUGAUGCUUGCUCACCUUUGCAGCCUAUAUGUAAGGAUCCGUGGCCAAGUGAAAAGCAUGACCAAUCUGGCAAAAAGUCAGCAGGAAAACAGGAAAAAGUUUACUCCUUGCUACAGCCCUGUAGCUCUGUGUCUGAACCUUCCCUGGCUCGCCAGCGGAGGCAAAAAGAAAGAGAACAGUCUGAAGAACUUAUGGAGCAUAGACAGUUCAGGGCCGUUCCUCCUAGACCUCUGCCGCCUCCGCCUCCCCCCAUUGUGAGUAAGAUGAAUGUCAAGUUGACACUCAGAGAUGCAAAAAUGCAUGACAUGGAGGCCACGGGAUCUGGAAACAGAGAGGUAGCAUCGUCAAAGGAUCGACCGCUAUCCGCAAGGGAAAGGAGGAGACUAAAGCAAUCCCAGGAAGAACUGCUUCCCUCUGCUUUUUUAGACCCUAGAGUGAGAAGAGCAAAUCAGAGUGCAGCGGAAGGAACAAAGUUGCAGGCAACCAGCCCUCCCGGGACUGCCAGACAGUCUUCUCCAGACUCUGGUCUGACUCAGGAAAAAGUUACAGUCCAGGAUCCUUCUGACGAUGAGUUGAGUUCUACAAGUUCAACAGAUAAAUCGGAUAUAGACGCCAGUGAAAGGAGAGGCCAUACCAGUGAAAUGAAUGAUUUGGUACAGUUGAUGACUCAGACAUUAAAAAUGGAUUCUAAAGACAACUGUGAAAUUCCUCUAAUACCCCAUCCCACAUCAGAGUUCAAGCUUCAUAAAAAAUAUAGAGAUACACUGAUUCUACAUGGAAAAGUUGUGGAGGAUUCAGAGGAACUCAAGUUCAAGCACCUUUCUCCAGCUAUCGUGCCUGGCUCAGAAAAGAUCAGGAGAAUGGUUGAAGUUCUAAGGGCGGAUGUAGUUCAAGGACUGGGAGUGAAGCUUUUAGAGAAAGUGUAUGAUCUUAUGGAGGAAGAUGAUGAACUGAAGAGGGAGGUGUGUUUACGGGAGCACAUGGGUGAGAAGUACACAAACUACUGCAUGAAGGCUCGUCAGCUGAAAUUUUUUGAAGAAAAUGUGAAUUUUUGAGUUCUUAAUUUGCUGCCAGGAGGGAAGACUUUGUUUUGAAAAAUGUUUUCAUCAAAAGGACUAUCUUCAGCUGAACAAACCAACUUAGAAUGGUGGUUUUUAGGGGUGUCUUCCCAGAAAGCAUAUUAGGUGUGUGUGAGGAAAAGACUCUUUUUUUUUUAACACUAAGAUGUGAACCCCAAACAUGAAGUGUUCGAUGUUAGAUUUCUCCUUUUAAAAUGAAAUUUAUUUGACCACCUCAUUUUAAAUACCUACUUUCUAUUUCGGUUGUCUCUAAAUAGCACUAGUUUCAAUUUCAGAGUAUAAUAAACAAUACAAAGAGA